AUUCCUUGUUUAUAAUUAACGAAGGUCGAAGUGUAUAAGUCUUUGUUAUUUAUUAUACAUUUGAUAUCAAAGUUUUAUUUUAAAUAAUAGUGAUAAGAUACAUUACUUUAAGUCAAGUACAUUAAUUAAUUACUUGCCCAACAAUAAUUUGCAGAUAAUAAUGAUUUUAACCUCUUUGUUAAACUAAGCAGUAUGAAGUUUCUUAUCCACUUACGUAAAUAUACACAGUUUCCACCUAGACGAAGAGUAGUUGUUACAGGUGUUGGAAUAGUAUCACCUUUGGGAACGGGAUCUGAACUUGCUUGGAAUAAUCUCUUAAAAGGACACUGUGGUAUAAUAUCACUUAAAGAUGAGGAAUACUCAAAACUACCAAGCAGAGUAGCGGCUGUUAUACCUAUAGAGACCGAUAAUGAAAUAGCAAAAGCAAUGUCUAAAUCCAAUUUAAAAUUCAUGGCCCCUGCCACCUGUAUAGCUCUGGUUGCAACUGCCGAAGCUCUUACAGAUGCGAAUUGGAUUCCACAGUCUGAUGCAGAUAAAGAAGCAACAGGAGUAGCACUUGGUAUGGGAAUGAUAGAUCUAAAAGAUGUCUGUGAAACAAAUAAUGCUCUGAAAUUAGGUUACAAUAAAGUCAGUCCAUUUUUCGUACCUAGAAUAUUACCAAACAUGGCAGCCGGUCAUAUUAGCAUAAGAUAUGGCUUUCGAGGUCCCAAUCAUGCAGUGUCUACAGCAUGUGCUACUGGAGCACAUUCCAUAGGUGAUGCAUUUAGGUUCAUAAGAAAUGGUGACGCAGAAGUUAUGGUCUGUGGAGGUGCAGAAUCUUGUAUAAGCCCUCUAGCGAUUGCUGGAUUUUGUAGAUUAAGAGCUUUAAGCACUUCUUUCAAUGAUAUUCCUGAAAAGGCUUCAAGACCAUUUGAUAAACUUAGGGAUGGUUUUGUAAUGGGUGAAGGAGCAGCUGUUGUUGUUCUAGAAGAGUAUGAGCAUGCUUUGAGAAGGAAUGCUAAGAUGUAUGCGGAAAUAUUAGGUUAUGGUCUUUCUGGGGAUGCUUCCCACAUUACUUCUCCAAGAGAAGACGGAAGUGGUGCAAUAUUAUCAAUGAGUAGAGCUUUGCAUGAUAGUAACUUAAUUAAUAAUGAAAUAUCAUAUAUUAAUGCACAUGCCACAUCUACACCUGUAGGAGAUGGUAUUGAAUCUACAGCUAUCAGAACACUUUUCAAAGAAAAUGUUAAAAACUUAAUGGUGUCUUCCACAAAAGGGGCCCAUGGCCAUUUAUUAGGUGCUGCUGGAAACUUAGAAGCUGUGUGGACUAUUUUGGCAUGCUACCAUGGAAUUGUGCCACCUACAAUCAAUUUAGAUGAACCUAUAGAUGAUUUAAACUAUGUAGCAAAUGUUCCACAAAAAUGGAAUAAAGAAAGACGGGUAGCUUUAAAAAACUCAUUUGGAUUUGGAGGCACCAAUGCAACUCUCUGUAUUUCAAGUAUUUAAAUAACAUACAAUGUAUUGAGGGAUAGUACGAACAAAUAAAAGCAUGCUUUAGACUCGAUAGUAUAUUUAAAACUGAGUUACAAAUGUUUUCAGAUUUUACAACAUUGGCUAACUAGCCACAGUAACUCCCAACAACAUGCUGUUAAAGCAUUCUCAUAAAGAGCGAAAAAUAAUUCAUUUGUGUACCACAUAAUAUAUUGAGUCACAUAAAGCAUGAAAAUUAAAUUAUUUGAUCAAAAUGCUACUAUAUUUCAUUACAAAGCUUUAACAUUUUAAACAGUAAAUAUUUGUUAAAUGCUGGUGUUAUCCAGUCAAUAAUUUCAUAAUAUCAUAAAAAGUUGGAAUCAUUCAAACUUGCACUUCAUUGAAUAAAACUUAUAAUUAUAUAAUAUAGAUUGUUAUGUAUAUAUAUAUAUUACAUAUGCUAUAAGCACCUUUUCAAAUACACCUACAUAAGAAUCAUUGGCCUAAUUGGUAGGAUUUGAAUAUAUUUCAGGAACAUGAUUAUCUUUUAUGUGAAACUGUCCUACAAAAUGGAAAUUGUUACUAAGAUUGUUAAAGUUAUAUAUGAUUUUA